AAAAGGAAAGGAACCAAGCAUCCAUUAUCGACUUGAACAAGCAUAUUCUCUCCAAAAAGGGUCUCAUCAUCAUCGGUACUUUAGUUUCAGGUCACAAACGUUCAAGCAACUCAUCAGUGGAGGAAUACAGAGACGAAGACGAUGAGUGAAGACACGACGCCGAUAGACAUCGUCAUGGAGGCGGCAUCCGGCCCGCACUUCUCUGGCUUACGCCUUGACGCUCUCCACUCCUCUUCAUUGUCUCCUCGCUCUUCAUUCUCUAUUCCCAAUCCUUCUUCUUCUGAUCCAACCCUAGCUGAUUCCGACACUCCCAAGCAGCCUUUUGUCAUCGGAGUUUGUGGAGGCACAGCUUCGGGUAAGACAACUGUCUGUGAUAUGAUCAUCCAACAGCUCCAUGAUCAUCGGGUGGUUCUUGUUAAUCAGGAUUCGUUUUAUCGUGGUUUAACAGCUGAAGAAUCAAAACAUGUGCAUGAAUACAAUUUUGAUCAUCCUGAUGCUUUUGACACUGAACAGCUAUUAGAAUGCGUUGAAACACUGAAAAGCGGCCAAUCUGUUCAUUUACCUAUUUAUGAUUUUAAAAUUCACCGACGUUCUUCAGACAGUUUUCGACAGGUGAAUGCAUCAGAUGUAAUUAUCUUGGAGGGCAUUCUAGUUUUUCAUGACCCAAGGGUCCGGAACUUGAUGAAUAUGAAGAUUUUUGUUGACACAGAUGCUGAUGUGAGACUUGCUAGGAGAAUAAGGCGUGAUACAGUUGAGAGGGGUAGGGAUAUAAACUCUGUGCUUGAGCAGUAUGCCAAGUUUGUUAAACCGGCUUUUGAUGAUUUUGUUCUUCCAUCAAAGAAAUAUGCUGAUGUUAUAAUACCCCGUGGAGGCGAUAAUCAUGUUGCCAUUGAUUUAAUAGUUCAACAUAUUCACACAAAGCUUGGCCAGCAUGAUCUCUGCAAGAUUUAUCCUAAUGUGUAUGUCAUUCAAUCAACUUUCCAGAUAAGAGGUAUGCAUACGUUGAUUCGAGACAGUGAUAUAUCAAAGCAUGACUUUGUGUUUUACUCAGAUCGGCUUAUUCGUCUGGUUGUCGAGCAUGGCCUUGGCUAUUUACCAUUUACUGAGAAGCAAGUUGUCACUCCAACAGGCUCAGUCUAUAUCGGGGUUGACUUCUGCAAGAAACUAUGUGGAGUUUCCAUUGUCAGGAGUGGCGAAAGUAUGGAGAACGCAAUGCGCGCUUGCUGUAAAGGAAUAAAGAUAGGGAAAAUUCUAAUCCAUCGAGAUGGUGAUAAUGGGAAGCAGCUCAUAUAUGAAAAACUUCCCAAGGAUAUAUCAGAACGACACGUUCUACUGUUGGAUCCAGUUCUAGCCACAGGUAAUUCUGCUAAUCAAGCGAUUGAGUUGCUUAUCCAGAAAGGAGUUCCAGAAUCUCACAUAAUAUUUCUGAAUCUUAUUUCUGCGCCUGAGGGAAUAGAAGCUGUUAGCAAACGGUUCCCUUCCUUGAAGAUUGUGACUUCGGAGAUUGAUGCGGCGCUCAAUAAGGAAUUUCGUGUCAUUCCUGGGAUGGGCGAAUUUGGGGAUCGAUACUUUGGGACUGAUGAUUGACUGAUCAUAGUUUGCUAGGAAGUGGUGCAAUAGUAUGUUUGAUGUAUUAGAUUAUAUUUCAUUCAUAUCAGAUGUUGAUUAUGAGAGAUUAUAUUUGGAAACUAAUAUAACCUGACCUGAUGAUUCACAUUCAGAAAUAUUUGACUUUUUUUCU